AUGAAAUGGGUAAAGGUAAAUAAUGGGGAACCUGUGGAGGCUGCUGCUGCUCGUGGUUUGUUAGAUAUGUUGGAUUCGACAAAUGAGUUAGUUCCUUUUUUUCGUAUGGCACGUGAUAGGUUCAAAGAAGAUGCUGUGCAGGAUCUGAAAAUUGUCAUGAAAAUAUCACGUGCUGAUAGUGGUCGUGAGAAUUUUAUUGGUCCUUCCAAUGAAGUUGGUGCUAUCAUGGUGGGUGAUCUGGAAGAUACCUGUGGUGAGAGGGAUAUUAUCAUUCACAGUAUUAAGCAUGGACUUCAACGUAUAAGUGAUAUGCAUCCUAAAUUAAUGGCUUUACAAUACCCAUUGCUUUUUCCAAGAGGUGAGGAUGGAUACUCAGAUGAUAUUCCUUAUGAGAAGACCAAGAACAACGCAGGAAAGAAACGGAAUACUCCAAGGCUUGGUGGCAGACUAUUUCAACAAUAUGUUGUUGAUUCUUUUUCGGCUAUUGAACAAGCCCGUUUGUGGUGGUAUCGAACUCAUCAAACCACUCUUCGCAAUGACCUCUACACAAAUAUCAAAAAAAGUCUUAGCAUGGGUGAAGGUAGCACAACUAAUGUGGGUAAAGGUUUUAUACUGCUUGCCAGCUUUCUUGGUUCUCGAAGAUAUAUGCAACAGUGCUUUCAAGAUGCCCUUGCAGUCUGUAGGCAUAUUGGACACCCGGACAUUUUCUUGACCAUGACUACUAAUCCUUUGUGGGAUGAAAUUAUUCACAUGAUGAAAAACAUGCCAGGCUGCUUACCUGUCGACUCUCCUGAUGUUACUGCGCGUGUUUUCAAGCUUAAACUUGAUCAAAUUGUUGACGAUAUAAAGGACAAGGGCUAUUUUGGAAAAUGUGCUGCAAUCAUGUAUGUUGUUGAGUUUCAAAAGCGUGGUUUGCCUCAUGUCCACAUGCUCAUUUGGUUGGAUACAAAUUCAAAGAAAAAACUGAAUGCAAAUGUGGACAGCUUUGUAUCGGCUGAAAUUCCCGAUCCAGAUAAAGAUCCUAUUGGUUAUAAAGCUGUAGCCAGACACAUGAUGCACGGUCCCUGUGGUUUGCUCAAUACCAAGUCUCCUUGCAUGAAGGACAUGAAGUGUAGUAAACACUUCCCUAAAAAGUAUUGCUCUCAAACUAUGUUUGAUCAAUCGGGGUUUCCUGUUUACAAGCGCCGUAAUACAGGGAUCACAGUGAAGAAAGGAAAUCAUGAGCUUGACAAUCAAUAUGUAGUUCCAUACAACCGCGAUCUACUGGUGAAGUACCAAUGUCACAUGAACGUGGAGAUUUGCUGUCAUGCACGUAGCCUUAAAUACCUGUUUAAAUAUUGUCUCAAAGGUCAUGACCGUGCUACAGUUGAGAUUUCGAACAAAACAAAUGAGGCUCAGUCUACUUCUGCAGAUGUUCCCAGAGAUGAGAUCCAGACCUAUUUUGAUGGACGUUACAUAUGCGGUGCUGAGGCAACCUACAGGAUAUUUGGAUUUGACAUCCAUUAUCGAUCUAUCUCUGUUCUUCGACUAUCCUUUCACUUACCAGGCAAACGUAAUUGUACAUUUAGAGAAGGCGAGGAACUUCACAAGGUUGUGCAAAGGGAGAAAUUUAAACAAAGUCAACUGGAGGCUUUCUUCCAACUGAACCAGAAGGACAUCAAUGCAAGGAAAUUCACUUAUGAUGAAAUUCCAAGGUACUAUGUUUGGAAUGAAUCUGACUCAAUUUGGACGGUACGUAAGAAAGGCACCCAAUUAGGCAGGCUGCUAUUCACUCACCAUACUUCUGGGGAAAUUUGGUACUUGCGCUUAUUGCUCACAAAGGUCAGGGGACCAACAUCAUUCAACCAUCUCAAAACUGUUGAUGGUGUUUGUUGCAAUACAUUUAAAGAAGCGUGUCAUAAAUAUGGUUUCCUGGAAGACGAUAAUGAAUGGAACGAGCUUCUUCAGGAAUGUUCAAAUUGUGGGUUUCCAGGACAAAUCCGUGAGCUUUUUGUCCAUAUAAUGGUCAAUUGCCAGGUCACUGACUUAUCUUCUCUUUGGAAAAAGUACUGGAAGAGCAUGAGUGAUGACAUUGUCAUGCGUCAUCGGAAGGAAGAUGUCAAUAAGCAUGUGUCUAUAAGCGACAAACAACUUCAAUUUUAUGUCCUAGCAGAAAUUGAUAAAUUACUCAGAUCUAUUGGGAAGUCACUACAACAGUUUGCUCAGCUGCCGCAGCCUCCAUCUUCAUUUCUUCACAGAGGAGCUGAUAACUUGAUAAAGGAUGAGACAAGCUAUGAUGUUCAAGAAAUGGAAGAAGAGUUCAACAAGCUUUUCCCUAACUUGAAUACAGAGCAGCUUGAGGUGUACAACGCUGUAUACAAUUCUGUUCAAAACGGCGAAGGUCGUUUGUUCUUUGUUUAUGGAAGUGGUGGGUGUGGAAAGACCUACGUGUGGAAAACUCUAAUAUACAAACUCAGAUCAAUGGGGAAGAUUGUCUUGCCAGUUGCAUCUUCUGGGAUCGCUGCUACUUUAAUGCCUGGUGGGAGGACAGCCCAUUCUAGAUUCAAGAUUCCUAUUGUCCUGGAUGAAGAUUCAUGUUGCUCAAUAUCUCACAAUUCGGAUAUUGCAGAGCUUAUAAAAAAUACCAGCCUUAUCAUAUGGGACGAGGCUCCCAUGCAGCACCGUGAGCGAGCGAUUUUGACUCCAACAAACCAAACUGUAGGCCACCCGAACUCUGUAAUUGUUGGUACUAUUCCAGGUGACACAAAAUCCUACUACAUUGUGGAUAAAGCUGAAGAUUUUGGGGGGACUGCUUCAGAUUUGAAUUUUGCGUUUCCACCAGAGUAUUUGAAUUCUUAUAAUAUCCCAGGGCUUCCACCACAUCAAAUGGAUUUGAAGGUUGGUGUCGCUGUGAUGCUUAUGCGAAAUUUAAACCAAACUCUCGGACUUUGCAAUGGAACAAGGAUGAUGGUCACCAAAUGUUUGAAACAUCGUGUUGAGUGCGAAGUAAUCUGUGGUGCAUUCGUUGGGAGUAGACACUUUAUUCCGAGGAUGGAGCUUUAUCCAACCGAGACAAAACUCCCAUUUAAGCUUAUAAGGAAACAGAUGCCUUUGCAAAUCUGCUACUCAAUGACUAUUAACGAAUCUCAAGGCCAAUCUCUUGAAAGAGUUGGUUUAUUUCUACCAAAGCCAGCAUUCACACAUGGUCAAAUAUAUGUAGCCGUUAGUAGGGUGACAUCUCCAUCUGGUCUGAGACUUUUCAUCGAUGCAAACACAGGUGCACCGACAAAUAUAACCCAGAAUAUAGUGUACAAGGAGGUAUUUUACAACUUGCCCAAAGUCUAA